AUGGUCCUUGUGAAUACCGCCUUACUGGUGGCCGUCGCGGGCCUCGUAAAUGCCCAGUAUGAUGGGUGGGAUCUUAAGAAAGGCCAAGUGAGCUCGUCCAUGUGUUAUUGGUACGCACCAAGAGCUGCCGUCAUUCGAGAUACGCUAUGGCUAGAUGGUGGAAGUCUGUAUUGGACUCCAACAUACGGGGAUGGGUCGACCGGAAACCCAACGACUCUAGACAACCCUCUGGGUCUGAUGUACUCACUCAACUUCAGCAAGCCUUUCGACAAAACAACAAACAUCACCAAGCUCAUCGAUAUCCACUCAAAAGCUCCCUCGGGAAGUGGUAACGCCAAUAGCUUCGCUCCGAAUACUAUCGACGGUGCCCUGCUCUACAAUGAUGCCGAGUUCUUCUUGUAUGGAGGUGUUUUUGCCAAACCGACGGACGCUUACGACCCUCCACCCGGCGACAAGGCACUAGUAUGGCGCCUCUACGAGUACGGCGCAGAAAAGGCCGCCUUCAACAAUGGAAGCGAUCAAAUGACCUUGGACAACGGCGUGACUCGGUACGUUGCCCAUGGCGGGGCUGCCAGUGCUCCUUCGGAGAACAAGGCCUGGUAUGUGGGUGGAAUGCGGUCACCUCUUUGGAGUGACAUGUAUCAGGGAAGUACGAACCGGUCUCUAAAUGCUGUCAACGCCUCCAACACCCUCAUCACUCUUGAUAUGUCCACCCAAAUAUUGGAGACGUUCUCCAACCAGACCCUGCCGAGCAGUAUCAAGGCCAGGGCAAAUUCUGAGGUCGUCUGGGUACCUGUUGGGGCUGAGGGUAUCCUCGUCGUUCUUGGCGGAGUGACAUAUCCCGAAUACGUCAAUUCCAGUCACAAGUCCGAUAAUGCUGUCAAGAGCGCAAGUGAAAGUCCUGCUUUCAUGGAGACCAUCGACAUCUACGACGUAGCCGGCAAUAAGUGGUACCAGCAGAAGGUUGACGGGACAAAACCACCUGCCCUUACGCGGGGCUGCGCUGUACUUGCGCCAGCUCAGGACUACUCUAGCUUCAACAUUUACUACUAUGGCGGUUACGAUGGAAUCCAUCCUAAAGAAGACUUCAGCGACGACGUCUGGGUUCUGUCGAUACCUUCAUUCCAGUGGACAAAGGUUUACGAGGGGACAGCUCUCCACGCUCGUGCUGGUCAUCAGUGCGUCAUGCCAUACCCUGACCAAAUGAUGGUCAUUGGCGGCUAUGCGCCGAUGCCUGGUAACGGAUUCCCACCAUGUCUCGAAGGGGGGAUCAUGCAGGUCUUCAAUCUUUCUAGUGCAGAGUGGCUCGAUGGGUAUAGCCCCACGAAAUGGUCGAACUACACCGUCCCCACCGCCGUCCGCAGCAAGAUUGGAGGCGAUGAGAAGGGUUCGGCGACGAAGACGACUCCAGAGCCAUCUGGCUGGUCUGAUCAAGGACUGGCAUCCAUAUUUGCGACACCCUAUGUCACCUCAAAGAUUAACACAUGGUACCCAUACACUGAAGCCAAGGAUCCUGGGCGUCCCACCGUCACGGGUGGCGGAGACAACAACAGCAACGGCGGUGGUGGAGGAACCCCCAAAUGGGUCGCCCCUGUUCUCGGCGUCGUUCUCGGACUUGUCCUCAUCACUGCCAUCCUCGUCGGCUUCUGCCUGUGGCGUCGUCGCAGAAUACUUAGACGAGGCAAUAGGACGGCAACGCAUACAGACGACAAUGGGUCUAGAAUCAUCUCCUGGAUUAGAGGCCAGCCCAGCGAACCGGCUAAGGCGCCUACUGUCACGACUGAGGAAGCCUCUUCCCAAGAUAUGGCCGAGGUCCGCACGCCGCCCCCUGCCCCAGCGGCAUCGCCUGUGCCCCAACAGGUGCAUCAUGAGAUGGCCGACAACCAGAUUGCAGAGCUGCCAGACACUUCGCGGCCGCCAGAAUUACACGGUACAGGUCUCACCCCUAUCGAGAUUAUCAACAAGCACACGCACUUUGGCACCGGUGGCACAUCCAACCCCGCAACGACACACCAAUCGUCCUACUACGCCUCCGUCUCCUCCAACGAGAAUGCCUCAUCGCUCUCCCGCUCUUCGGGCGUCCUUGGGUAUCAGACCCGCGCCCAAUCGCCCGACCCAGGUCCACCGUCGCCGCCCAUCAGCAACGCUGCACCCGCUACCACUACCGGACGCGUCGGGUCCGACGUCUCUGGUCUCAGCGACCAGGAGGCGCGGCACCUGCGGCACAUCAGCGAAGCCACUGUCAGUUCUGCCUCAUCGGGCGGCGAGCAGGACGGUCCGGCUAUUCGGGAGCAGCCACGUAGCGUUCCGGAGACGGUGCCGGAGACUCCGACGCCCGGGCACCCGAGUCCGCUGAGCCCGCCAACAGGGGCAUCGGAUGGCGAUGAUUACAUUAGUGCAAGGAUGCUGCCGGUUAGUCCCGCUGGUACUGCUACUAUGAGAAGGAGUAUGUUUCACGAGAGUGAGGAUGAUCUCGGUUCGAGGAAGUAA